UGACAACUGGUCUAGAAUGUUCUACUUACGAAAACAUUUAAUGUAGUUUACUUAGUGCUUCAUUGAUGCAGAUCAUUGAUGUGGAAUGCCUAAUGCGUUCACCUGCUUCAUAUAUUGGACUACCUUUACUUGAGAGAGCACAACUGAGUAAGGAAAGAUUAGACAAAAAUGGAAGAAGAAAUUAUACCCAAGUUGGUUUUCUUUCCUCCAGAGGAAAACUUCAAUGGAGAAAUUAGUUCAAAAUCACCAGGGCUGACUCCAGCUAUCAAUAUCAUCACCCCUACAGGAGAUGAUAUUGGAAAUGAUGAACAAUACAAUGGUAAACACAGGAUCAGUAUCAUGGAAGAGAUCAGUGUACAUGAAAAUAAAACAAAUGAAGUGACAACUUUAAGAGAUAACAUGUUUGACUGUAUAGCUAAAGAUGACAUGGGUGAUUUCCCUAUAUUGAUGCAGAGAUAUUUAAAGCUUAAAUCUGAAGGCAUUAUUGAGGGUCUAACUGAUGAAAAUAUGUUAGAAGGUGACAUAAAAAUAACCUUACUGCAAAAGGCUGUUCUAUUUGAACAAAAUGAAGCAAUUGAAAUGCUUCUCCCACAUUGUGAUAAAAAAGACAUAAUGCACAGAACUUCAGAUAUGGGUGAGGGUGGCUGUAUACUACAUGAUGCUGUCGCCAAAGAUAGACAAGACGUGGUCAAAAUAUUAGUCAACAAACUAACCCCCGAUGAAAUGAAGAUUUUAUUAUCAAAUCAAGCUGUUGGUUCAUUCUUUAAAAGUGCAUUCCAAGGACAUGAGUUACCAUUAUUCAUCGCAUGCUGGAUCCAAAACCUCGAUAUGAUCAGAUUAAUCUUGAGCCUCUACCCAGAAUCCAUAUACAUUGUGGAUUCUAAUUCUCUGAAUUUCCUUCAUUGUCUUGUGAGGAUAUCACAAGAAGGUUGCCCAAUAUUUGCUGGGACGGCAUUUCGCAUGAUUUGGCAAUCAGAAGGUGGUAAAGAAGCCAUUGAGCAUUUAAUGAUGGGCAGAUGCUCUAGUACUGGCCAAACACCGAUGCAGUUUGCAUUACGCAGAGGCGAGCUCAAAUUCGUUCAGUUGCUGUUAUCCACAUCACUCAAGAGUGAAACAAUGCGUUAUGGCCCAGCACGAUUCAAUGAAUAUGACAUCACUGAUCUUGAGAUGUGUCCAGAAGUUCCCACAGGCGGCGGUUUACCAGGAAUAAUUCUAAUUGCCACCUCAUCAGACCUUGGUAGCCUGCCAAAAAUGCUAAAUAUGGAACCUUGGAAAAAGAUUCUACAACUUCGAUGGAAUAAUUACAAGCUUCCAAUUUUUAUAAGCUUUCUGGCUCAGUUUAUCAUGUUAAUACUCAUGGCAGUUGGCAUAGUUAUCAUACCACGAAGAGAUUAUCAAUCGGAUAUAAUCGCAAAUUAUACAGCUGAACAAAAUUCUACAUCGCUUACAUUCUUAGAGAAUGCAGGAUACCUUGGAACCAUAGGUAUAGUUGUGUUCACAUUUCACUCUAUGUUCAUACUGUAUGGCGUGUACCACACUUUCAAUGCAAUAACUUAUACCAUAACCCUUAUUAUCGCCAUGAGGAAGCCAAAGUUGAGCUGGGACGAGAUUUACAAGCGUCUCACCAAUCCUGUCACUGGAAAUGGUAUCUACAUUGUACUAGAUCUGAUUUUUGGCUUGUCGACAAUUAUCGGGUAUCUCUCCUUCUUCUUCAAACGACCAGAGGCUGAUGUUUUCAACACACUUCAAAUCAUCACUGGAUUCAUUCUCCUUACAUUCUAUUACAGAUGUCUCGACUACACAUCCUUCUUCACUGUAACUGUUAAUAAAAUGCUGUAUGGUGAUGUCAUACGUUUUUUGGUGAUCGCAAUCGGAUAUCUUUUUGGCUUUGGAGUUGGAUUUUACAUUAUGUAUAAAAACCUAGAAGGCGGGCCCCCAAAAGAUGUGGAAAACAUUUUUGAGACACUGGCGACAACAUAUAAAUUGAUGAUUGGUUUGUCGGACUUCUCAACAUUAAGGGUGCAGUUUGAGGUUGUGUUAGUCAUCAUCUAUGUAGUGUAUUCCAUUCUUAUGACUGUCAUGCUUUUCAAUCUGUUGAUCGGGAUAAUGGCCAACACGAUUAAUGAUGUUGCGGAUCAGAAGGAUUAUCUCGGAGAGCUUCAAAGGUUAUCUACGGUAAUCUAUGCUGAGACACAAGUGGUCCGCUGGUGGAAACCAUUUGCAUCCAGAUGUGUUGAAAAUGGCUCCUUGAAGAUUAAAACAGUGAUGUUUGCAGGGAAAAAUGUAAAACGUCUCUUUAUUGAAUGUCUUGAGGUGAUCACAGAUGAAGAUAAAGAUGAACGAGCUAAGAAGAAGUUCAUUAAGUUAAAAGAUGUAUGAGAUAUCAUCUGUACAAUGUCAUUAAGGAGUUCUGUGCAACUGUACAUUUAUCAAACAAUGGUAGAGCAAGAGGGGGAGAACCCCAAGGGUUCAAAGAUGACAAAUGCUUAUAAUGUAAAUCCGUAUUGAGAUGACAUCAUCGCUGAUUGGUUUAGCGAGUCGAUCGUUGAUUGGUUUAAAACUAGGUCAAUUUGAAAACCAAGAUAGAGGGUAUACGUACUUCCGGGAAAGGAGGUGCGUGGAGGAGGAAAUCGUAUGUCAUCAAUUGAAUCAUGGGGUUUUCCCUCCUCUUGGUAGCAGCUUCAUAAAACAGCAAGAAAUUGCAUCACCGAAGCAAUAUGGAAGUAAGAAUACAAUUUAUUUACAUAAUGUCUGAGCUUCUGUGACAUAUGUCAAUUUAUAAAGAAUUUUCAUUUUACCAAAUAAGGUUGUAUCUUAUUUUGGCAAUUAGAUGUCAUCAUAAAGAUAUGAAGACUAUCAUGCCUGUAUGUAUAUUUGUAUAAUUAAUUUGUUAAAUUUUUAUUGUUUAUAUUGUAUUGUAGAGGACUACGGGUAGUAGUCGUUUCACUGGUAUUAGACUUUAAAUGAAAAGGCUCCUAGUUCAAUGGCAUAGCCAGGAUACAACAUUUGAUGAGGCAAAUGUAUAUAUACUGUAGGUGAGGCAAAUUUAGGCUUGGGGGUAUAUUACUACCUGUGAACUUCAUUUUCACAUUUAAGAUGAAAAAACAUCUAAACAUAUAUUUUUCCAUGAAAUACUGCCUCGCCUGCCAAGUGCCUGGCUACGCCCACAAGUAACAUAUUACAUAUUGGCAAUGACCUUGUUCCUUGUAUUAUUAAUAUGUACCACUACACAGAGAAACUCAUCUUGAUUCAUAAGGUUUCUACCCCUGUCUCUAGACUCAGUGGAAAGAGGAUGGAGAAACUAGCAAUACAGCAUACAUUAAAUUAUAAGCAUGUGCUCUUAGACAGGAUACAUUACUCUUAAUGUUAGUCUUACAUCAAGCUUCAGACUUCCCCUUUGAUUGAUAUCAAACUAGAUAAGAAAAGUACAUGAUAAAUAAAUAAAUCAUGUUGAUGUGAUUCCCUAUCCAUUUGAGUGAUCAUUUUGUGUUUGUAUCCUAGGAGGACUUGAUGCAAGACUAUUGUUAUUAUGUAAUGGGAUAAUAUACUCUUUGAAUGAGAUAUAUUAAAGGCUCCAUGUAAAGUUCAAAUCACUUUGGCUAUAUUUUAAAACUUUACGUAGGGCCUUUGAAAAUUGGGCUUGUAACUUGAAAAUAUUAUGUAAACAUGAUAUCUCAUCUUGUCUUUUAUGAUGUAACUAUGACAACAUAAAAGACAAAUGAUUUCGAAAUCAUAAUAAUUUCAAGAAAUAAACACCUCAGGUUAACUUGAUAGAAAAAAUGAGAUAUUAGUAUAGAUUUAUGAUGUUGUAAACUCAUCAGGUUUUAAAGUGAGUUAUUUGUGAUUAUUUUCAAAAGGGUUGUGACUUUCAUCCCCUUUCAUCAGUUGAGCCUUUGAAUAAUUUAUCGAGCCCUGUCCUUGAUAUCCCAUUGUUUUUUAACAAAUUAGUCUAUUAUGUAUUAUGUACUUAUUCCAAAUUGUAAAUUCAGGUAGCUAAACAUCUUUAGGGCUAAAUAAACUUAGAUAAAGUGUAUAUAAUUUAAUAUAUAACUUUAUAAUGGUAAAAUAGAUGGCAUACACAUACAGCCAGCUAGGUUUUAUUACAUGGAACUAACGUAAAGUUGAAAUUAUUAUUGGGGGAUGAAGCGCAUAUUAUUAGGGGGCAGUGGGCAUGAUUAUGGUAUUUUAUUUGAUUCUUUAGUAAAAAGAAAUCGUGUUAAAGAAGAUUUCAAGCAUGGGCUUUCAACUAGAUUAAUUGAAAGCCCAUGUUUCAAGUAAAUAUAAACACAUUAAUAUUUGGCGCCUUGUAUUCUUAAUAUUUUUUAAAGACUUAUUUUAGUUUGACAGAAAUAUGAUGUUUUUAACAUACAUGUCACCAUGUAUCUUUCUAUAGAUGCACCCUAAAUUAAAUAAAUAUACAUAUGAUUUUGAGAUAAAAUUUCUCUUUGUCACGUUAU